AUGCCGUACAACAAGAAGCGGCAAAUCGAGGCCGAAAGCGACGAUGAGGCGCCACAAGUGGCCAAGAAAGCAAAGGGCGAGAAUGUCAAGGCGAAAAAGGAUCUCUCAAAAGGCACAGAUGCAGAUGGGAAUUGUUAUUGGGAGAUCGGCAGCAACCGGCGCAUCAGUUCUUCUCAGUUCAAAGGCGCCACUUUGGUCAACAUCAGAGAGUAUUACACGGCUCCAGAUGGUGAGCUGAAGCCAGGAAAGAAAGGAAUCUCGCUCUCCUUGGAUCAGUACAAAGCUCUUCUUCGGGUCAUCCCGGAGCUAAAUGAGGAGCUUCGUUCACAAGGCCAUGUUGUCGAAACCCCAGCAGCAGCUGGAUCCGGCUCGGUCCAAAUGAAGGCUGAGAAGUCGGCGAAGACCAAGAAGCCGAAGAAGUCCAAUAUUGAGGAAACAAGCGAAGAGGAGGAUGAGGAAGAAGAAACGUAG